CUACAGAUUCGUGACGUCACUUUCUCAAAAUGGCGGCGCCCGGUGAAAGAAAAUACACCAUACGAUUGGUGUAUGUUUGUGUUGGAAUAUUCAUCGGACUGUCAGUAGCCGCUACUUUUGCGUAUCAUUUCCAUAACUUCAAUACCGCACUGUGGGGUCUUUGUUCAGCGGUGCCAGCAGCUAUAGCGCUGAUAGUUGUCAUUGGCUGGAGACGGCAAUGGUGGGAGGUGCAGCCUGGCAGGCUACGAGGGUUCAUGCUUGUGGGCUGCUUCAUACAGCUGGCAGGAGUGUGUGGCUUUGUCACAUACCUCACCCUGGCAAUAACCAAGAAGCAGGGCCUGGUUAUCUAUGGUGAGGGUUACUACCUGGCCUGUGUGUGGUGCUUUAUGACCUGGAAGUGGGCAUUCUUGCUGUUCCUGUACUCGCGGCAGUACUGGCGCGCCUACAGCAAGGAGAGGCGGGCCCUCACUGACCCGGACCAUGACACCACUGUCAACUAUGGAACCUAGUGUUAGGGUUGAACAGUGGAAGAUGCUAUUGUUUAACAUAAUAAAUGUAUUGAAAUUUCAUUGAACCAUAGUUUAUACAAUAGUACCUGUUUAAUUUCAUAAAAAAGGGAAUUCUUCAUUAAAAAUGUAUAUUUAUAUAAGAAAUUAAAUGAAAAAUGUUGCUAUACUGCUUUUUUUAAAUAAACAAAAUAUGGCUGAUCUUACGUUAAAUGACAUAAUCAUGUUAGAAAGGCAGUAAUCUUUUAUACCUUUAAUACAGAAUUGGUCUUCACACAGGCUUCCAUUAUUGUAAGGAUUUCGCAUUAAGUCCUAACAUGAGCUCUAAAUCAAAUUCUUGUUGGUGUCUUAAUUGGAUAUAUAUAUAUAUAUAUAUAUAUAUAUAUAUAUAUAUAUAUAUAUAUAUAUAUAUAUAUAUAUAUAUAUAUAUAUAUAUAUAUAUAUAUAUAUGAUAGCUAAUUGUUGGUGCUUUUGAUAUUUUUUCUUACAUUUUUACAUUACCAUUUUGAAAAUGUAAUUUGUUGAUAUUAUUAUGCCCCCCUUCGAAGAAGAGGGGGUAUAUUUGUUUUGCACAUGUUGGUCCGUCCGUACGUAUGUCCACCAGAUGGUUUACGUAUGAUAACUCAAGAACGCUUACGCCUAGGAUCAUGAAACUUCAUAGAUACAUUGAUCAUGACUGGCAGAUGACCCCUAUUGAUUUUGAGGUCACUAGGUCAAAGUUCAAGGUCACAGUGACUUGUUCUUGGAUGCAGUUUAGGACUACAUUUGCAGAUAACAUUAUGUACUGGUGUGUGGGGUCUCCGUCCCCACCAGAUGGUUUCCGGAUGAUAACUCAAGAACUCUUAUGCCUAGGAUCAUGAAACUUCAUAGGUACAUUCAUCAUGACUGGCAGAUCACCCCUAUUGAUUUUGAGGUCACUAGGUCAAAGGUCAAGGUCACAGUGACAUGUUCUUGGAUGCAGAUUAGGACCACAUUUGCAGAUAAUAGAUUAUAUUAUGUACUAGUGUGUGGGGUCUCCGUCCCCACCAGAUGGUUUCCUGAUGAUAACUCAAGAAAGCUUACGCCAAGGUUCAUGAAACUUCAUAGGUACAUUGAUCAUGGCUGGCAGAUGACCCCUAUUGAUUUUCAGGACAGUAGGUCAAAGGUCAAGGUCACAGUGACUCGAAAUAGUAAAAUGGUUUCCGGAUGAUAACUCAACAAUACUUACGCCUAGGAUCAUGAAACUUCAUAGGUACAUUGAUCAUGACUGGCAGAUGACCCCUAUUGAUUUUCAGGUCACUAGGUCAAGGUCACAGUGACUUGAAACAGUAAAAUGUUUUCCAGAAGAUAACUCAAGAAUGCUUAGGCCCAGGAUCAUGAAACUUCAUGAAACAUUAAUCAUGACUUGCAGAUGACCCCUAUUGAUUUUCAGGUCACUAGGUCAAAGGUCAAGGUCACAGUGACUCAAAAGAGUAAAAUGGUUUCCGGAUGAUAACUCAAGAAUGCUUACGCCUAGGAUCAUGAAACUUCAUAGGUACAUUGAUCAUGACUGGCAGAUGACCCCUAUUGAUUUUCAGGUCACUAGGUCAAAAGUCAAGGUCACAGUGACAAAAAACGUAAUCAUACAAUGGCUGCCACUUCAACUGACAGCCCAUAUGGGGGGCAUGCAUGUUUUACACACAGCCCUUGUUUAAUUUUGAUAUUGUUGUUUUGUGUUUAUUUUUCUAUAGACAAAGAGUUUAUCACAGUGCCAAAGAUCUUGUAAAUUUUAAGAUCUUGUAGAGCUCAUACAUUUAAACUUGAUGUAAUUAGUCGUUUGAAGCAGGAGGCCGGUAAUAAAAUUUGAUUUAAAAUAUACAUGUUUAAUCCUUGGAAUAUCUCUUUGAAAAUAUUCAUUUUGAAGGAAUGCCCUGAACAAAAAAAAUACUCGGUAAAACUUUUCUUUGGUAUUGUUUACUUGUCAUAUUGUUUGUUAAAUACUCUAAUAACUGUGCAAAAAAUUGAUAUUUGGUUUUUCAUAUUUUUUGCUUAAUUGUUUUUGUUGGUUCAUUGUACUGCUAGUGCCAAAUAAAGCAAACAGUGUCUAAAAUAUAUUAUGUGUCGUGUGUGCUUGAAUGUUUUUGGUUAUAUUUUAUAAAUAUUCAAUGCGUAUCUUUAAACAUGUAUAUCAUAUUUUACAAAUUAUGUAAAUGAAGGUUUUAUCUUAAAUAGUAAAGAUUUAUAGACAUUAUUGUUAAUUGAUGAUGGAAUGCAAUAAAGGUGAUGGUUA